GUAUACACCUAUAUCGACGAUAUUAUCAUUGCUAGCAAAGAUAUAGAGGAGUACCUCAAGUACAUUAAGAUAGUUCUUAACAUCUUAGAUAAGGUAUAUAUUUACAUUUCUAUAGAAAAAUCCUUUGUGGCCUACCUAUCAGUGAGACUCCUUGGUUAUAUAGUCAAUAGCGAAGGAAUAGCUAAGAUAGAUGAUAGAAUCACUGUAUUUAAGAAGCUUAAGUUCCCUAACACCUUAGAAGCCUUAGAGCAGUACCUAGGUAUAGCCGGAUAG